AUGGCUGAUGAAAGUUCUAAAAAAGAUCCAGCAUGGAAAUAUGGUCGAUUGCAAAAUGACCAAGAUAUAAAUACGUUUGUCUGUGAAUUUUGUUCGAAAGUAACAAAAGGAGGGGUGUAUCGAUUGAAACAACACCUCGUUGGUGGUUAUAGAAAUGUCACAGCUUGUAGAAAAUGUUCGGAUCAUGUGAAGGAAGAAAUUAAAGAUUACAUGUCCAAGAAAAAGCAGAUCAAAGAACAAAGAAAUUUGAUUGUGGACAUUGAUGUACAAGAUUAUGGUAUCGAGGAUGAAGAUGAAGGGAGUAUUAGUGUAAAUAACAGAGCAACAUCAAGUGGCUCGAGCUUGAAGAAGCCAAGACAAAAGGGUCCAAUGGAUGCAUUUUUUACUCCCAAUCCAGAAACUGUGGUUCAAAAUAGAAAGAACGACAAAGGAAAACAAACUUCGUUGAAUGCGGCGUACAAGAAGGAAAUGAGGGAGCACACCAUCCAAAGAAUUGCUCGAUGGUUUUAUGAUGCAGAAGUGUCUUUGAAUGCUUGCACAUAUGAUAGUUUUAUCCCUAUGAUUGAGUCAAUUGAGAAAUUUGGUCCUGGAUUGAAACCACCAACAUAUCAUGAGUUGAGAGUCUCAUGUUUGAAGAAGAAAUUAGAAGCAACAAAUGAGUUGAUGAGGAGCCAUAAAGCAGAGUGGGCUAAGGUUGGAUGCACUGUUAUGGCUGAUGGGUGGACCAAUAGAAGAAAUAGGACAUUGAUUAACUUUUUAGUUAAUAGUCCUAAGGGCACCAUGUUUAUUGAGUCCAUCGAUGCUUCAUCUUAUGUGAAGGAUGGAAAGAAGAUGUUCGAGCUACUUGACAAUUUUGUAGAGCGCAUUGGAGAAGCAAAUGUUGUACAAGUAGUUACUGAUAGUGCCUCAACAAAUGUGAUGGCAGGGAGAUUAAUAGAAGCAAAGCGACCACAAUUAAUAUGGUCUCCAUGUGCUGCUCAUUGCAUAGAUUUGAUGUUGGAGGAUAUAUACAAGAUCUCCAAUAUUCGCAAAGCAUUGAAAAGAGGCAUGGAGAUUAGCAACUUCAUCUAUGUUCGUCCUAGAUUAUUAAUAAUGAUGGGACGAUUUACUAACCAAAAGGAGUUAGUUAGACCAGCUAAGACUCGCUUAGCUACUGCUUGCAUUACAUUAUCGAGUAUACAUCAUCAAAAGAACAACUUAAGGAAGAUGUUUACUUCAGAUGAAUGGAAGAAUAGCAAAUGGAGCAAGGAGCAACAAGGAAGGCGAGUAGUUCAGAUUAUUUUGUUGGCUAGUUUUUGGACUACAAUUGUGUUUGCUCUUAAAGUAUCUGGCCCACUAGUUCGAGUUCUUAGAUUGGUUGAUGGCGAAAAGAAGCCACCUAUGGGAUAUAUUUAUGAGGCCAUGGAUAGAGCUGAAGAAGCUAUUGCUAAGUCGUUCAAUAAUAAUGAAGAAAAAUACAAGGACAUUUUCGCCAUAAUUGAUAGAAGAUGGGAGCUUCAGUUGCAUCGUCCUCUGCAUGUAGCGGGGUAUUAUUUAAACCCGUCAUUCUAUUAUUCGAAUCCUAGCAUCCAAGAGGAUGAUGAAAUAGUUAACGGGCUCUACUCAUGCAUAACAAAAAUGGUAGCUUCAUUAGACGUCCAAGACAAAAUACUUGCAGAACUAAGCAAGUAUAAGAGAGCUGAAGCAUUGUUUGGACAACCUUUAGCAAUCAGACAAAGGGACAAAAUAUCUCCAGUGCUUCUGGAUGCAAACCUUCAUAGCAAGAAACGAAAAAGGCUUGCUCAAAGUCGUUUGAAUGAUUUAGUGUUCAUCAAAUACAAUAGAGCAUUAAAACGUCGAUACAACCUUCGAGAUAUCGCCGAUCCCAUCUCUUUAAGAGAUAUUGAUGAUAGUAACGAAUGGUUGAUUGGAAGAUUGGAUGAUGAUUCUGAGGAAGAGGAUGAGCUGGUAUUUGACGAUGAUACUUUAACGUGGGGUGAUGUUUCAAGAGCUGUCGGAGCAAAAGAACCAACCUUCUAUUCUAAAGCUAGGGCCUCAGGAGCGACUAAUGUUUCAUGUUCAUCCUCGUCUACCACACAACCCACACCCAAACAAAUAAAUUUGGAUGACUCUGAUCAGGAAGAAGAUACCGAUGGCUAUAAGUCCAACGAAGGAGUGAAUGAAGAUGAGGAUCAAUUUAGUGAUGAUGAGUUUGAUCUUUAG